GGACAGGCUAUAGUUGCAGUUUGGGGGACGGCAGUGGAUGCCGCAACAGUUGUUGGUUCGGGACCAGACUCACCAGGGUCAGAAGAUGGAGACCUAGCUUGCCCUCUCUCCUCCAACUGCACCAAGGGAUGGACACAGGAGAAGCUUUAUGAAUACCCUGGAGCAACAGACAUACUCUGCAACAACAAUGGAGCAAAUCAAUGAUGAAGACUCAUUUGUUGAGCUAUACUGUGAAGAAUUAAAUGAUCCUCCAACAACACCAUGGCCUACCUGCAGGGAUGGCUGUCAACAGAUUUCUACAGGAGUCCCUUGUUGUCAUGUGACAACAACAUUGCUUAAUAUUAGCAGUGAGUUAGUAUCUCAGCAUUUGGACACUCCUGCUGGUGAAGUGGAGCGCUACAUUGUGACCAGUUGCAGGGAGGGAGAAACUAUAUCACAGACAACCAACACAUACAGCUCAGGGCCCAGCACACUGAAAUCAGAGGAAGAGAACUCCCAGAAUCCUGAAGAAGUGAAUGAAAAAAGCAAAAGCCAGGAAAUAACAAUCUUUAUAUCCACAGAGUCACACCUGGAGAGCUUAAUGGAGGAUCUCGGCUUAGAGCAGUUCUACAAAGACAAGCUAUCACUCAGCAGAAUACUUGAGAUUGAUAAGGAGACAAUUUCAGAUGAGACUGCCAAGAGUAAUUCAGAUCUUCCGUCGUAUUAUUUGAAGAAAUUAAUGAUGGUUAAUGUGACAGCAAGAAAUGUGACAAAUACAUCAGAUUGUGAGUCAAACUGUAAUGAUAAAUCAGGGAGUACAGACUUAGAUCUUGAUUAUAUGCUUGAAAGUCAAAACAUAGAUAACACGCCAAACCCUCUUGACAUAGUCACUGCUCUCUUUCUGUGUUCUGAUGGUUUUGUGCAGCAGGAAAUGGCACUAAAAAUGUCCAUGUGUCAGUUCUCUGUUCCUCUGCUGCUUCCCAAUUGUGACACAAAACAGUGCACACUCAUGCUGUGGGCCAUGAGAGACAUUGUUAAAAAGUACAGACCUCACUCUCUGUCAGAAUCCAAGGGCUUCAUUGAGGACAGAAUUGUUCUCUCUGAACUUCCAAUGAUCUCCUUUGUGAGGUUGGGUGAGUGCUCCUUAUCAAAGUCAGAGAUUCUUAAUAAGCUUCUGAGCAGUUCUCAGCAGUACCAUGACACCUUUGUGCAUCGCGAUAUGAAAUGUGGUGACAGUUCAAGAAGAAUAUCUAACGGACUGACUGAAAUUUCUUGGUAUCUUCCUGGUGGAAACACAAACAUUGAUAUUUUCAGUCAGCCAGUGGCUGUAGCUAACCUUCGUGGGGACAUUGCUUCCUUUGAAACACAAUACUCCUUUUUGUGUCAGACAUCUGCAGCAGUUUUUGUGUUUUUUGACCAUCUGGACUCUGACUACGGUCUACUUACCAACCAACACCACAAGGCACAGAUCUUCUUGGUCGGUAACUAUGAGAACAAGAGCUUCAGUUUAGAUACUUUGAAAAAAGUAGCAACCAAGUUGAACUCGACUAACAACAACGUCAUUAUUAAGACAAAACAGAGAAAAGCUGCAGACUUUGUGAAAAGAUUGAGGGAAACAGUCAGAGAUGUAGUUGAGAACUCAAAGAUGAAGAUGAAAAUAGAGCAGAUGGUGGACAUUGCCCAUAAACUGCGAAUCCUGGUUGAUGAAGACUCUCCAGAGUGCCAGACUGCAAAGAAAAAUGCAGAAGCCAUCACUGCAGAAAUUCAAGACAUCCUUAAAUACAAAGAAGAUCAGCUUCCCCGGCAAGGUGAAAUUUGGAAAAAUCUGGCCUCAUUAGAGAAGGAAGAAUUUCGACUUCGAGAUGUUGGGUCUGAAAAUGUAGAAAUGUACAAAAGUGACCUUCAGAAAAGAAAAGAAGAACUGCGUAAAAAGCAAAACUCUUAUGACGUGUCACCAGCUAUGGCAUGCUUCAUCAAUGCCAUAUCAAGCUCGGGAACAGAGAGGUUAUAUUUCCUGAAAUGGAUGCGAAUGAACCUCGAUAACCUGUCUCGCAUAAAACUGUCUGAACUCAGGGUGAAAUAUAACGAAAAAUGCAAGAACUCUGAGAACAAAGAGGAGAUCAAAGAAAUUGACAAACAACUUUCCAACAGCUCUCUGGGGACUGAACACUUCUUCCGUGAAAUGGGUCAGAUCUAUGAAGCCUCACUGUCCCUUCCACAAACAGACCCAUCACGUCAACAGUUGCAGCAUCUGCCCAAACUGUGUGCAGAGUUGUUGCUCGACGGAUUUCCCAUUGAGCUUGUAGAUGGAGAUACAUCCAACAUCCCACUCAGAUGGGUGAGUGAUGUUCUCUCUCAGCUCAGUGACUUGGUGUCUCCAAACAGAAAGAUACUGGUGGUCACAGUUCUUGGAGUUCAGAGCACAGGAAAGUCCACUCUCCUUAACACCAUGUUUGGAGUGCAGUUUGCAGUCAGCAGUGGUCGAUGUACUCGAGGUGCCUUCAUGUUGCUCAUCAAAAUCAAUGAAGACAUAAAAAAAGUCCUAAACUGUGACUUCAUGGUGAUCAUUGACACCGAGGGCUUAAAGUCACCAGAACUUGCACAACUGGACAACAGCUAUGAACAUGACAAUGAGCUCGCUACACUUGUUGUGGGUCUGAGUGAUGUCACCAUUGUCAACAUUGCAAUGGAGAAUUCAACUGAAAUGAAGGACAUCCUACAAAUAGUUGUGCAUGCUUUUCUCAGGAUGAAGGAAGUGGGAAAAAAACCUAAAUGUCUGUUUGUUCACCAGAAUGUGUCAGAUGUUUCAGCCCAUGAGAAGAACUCACGAGACAGGAAACUGCUCCUGGAACAGUUAAAUGAGAUGACCCAGGCAGCAGCCAAAAUGGAAAAGAAAGAAGAGAACAAGAGCUUCACUGAUGUGAUGGAGUACAGUCCAGACACUGGGAACUGGUACAUUCCUGGACUCUGGAAUGGAAACCCGCCAAUGGCACCAGUCAAUGCAGGAUACAGUGAGGCUGUAUAUGAGCUCAAGAAAAACAUCAUCCAACUACUGAAAAACUGUGAGUCAUCUGCUAAUGAGAUCUUGGAGUUUAAAGAGUGGAUGAAGAGUCUGUGGAAUGCAGUAAAGCACGAAAACUUCAUCUUCAGCUUCAGAAACAGUCUAGUAGCUGAUGCAUACAUGAGGCUCUGCACGGAAUUCAACAAAUGGGAGUGGGAAUUCAAAAAAGAAAUGCACACCUGGGUAACAAAUGCAGAAACAAGAAUUUCCAAUUUUGGUACAGUUGCAGCAAAAUCUGAAUCUUCUAACGUGAGAGAAUUUCUCACCUGUUUGAAAAGUGAAGCUGCCAUAAAGCUGUCUACAUGGGAGACAAAGCUUCUAGAAAAUCUGACACAGUAUUUCAAGCAAACAGAGGGUCAUGUGUAUUUGGUUGAAGGUUACAAAGAAGAAUUCUCAAACAGUGCAAAAAGCCUUCGAAAAGAAAUGGAGAGAUCUGUUUAUAAUCAGCUCACAGCAGCAGCAGAAAUCAGAGAAGGGAUGACAGAACUUGAUAGAAUCAAAGAGAAUCACACAAAAGAGAUUGAAAAGGCAGUCCAUACGUUAAUUGAAGAAUGUCGAAAAAAGAAUGUCCAGAUGGGAGACACAGAACUAGAAAAUGAAUUUCACAAGAUGUGGAGUGAAACAUUGGAGAAACUUUCUUUUUCUAAACAAAAGACAACAGAUGUCUUCACCAGUGUAUUUCAACGCUUGAGAAUAAAUCUGUCACUCAGGGGGAGUCACGCAUGUGAACUGUUAAGUCAAAAACGUCUGCAAGAUUGUGGAAAUGUCCCUUUCAAAAUUCCAGCUGAAGGAUUCUACAAACUUGCACACAAACUAUGCAAGAUGCUCAACAUUGAAGAUCACAUUAUGGCUUUACAAAAACUGGCUGACAGGAUCAUAGAGGCUUGCAAACAGUUUGUGAGUGAAAAAGUGAAAAGAAAAAGGAAUUACUGUGACACUUACAUCCAGGAGAUCCUACACAUCAUUGAUUGGAAGCUGCAAAGCAAUCAAAAUGUCCAGACAGACACAGAGUUUGAAGUUUCUCUAAAACAGCACAUCUGUGGAUUUGCAGCCAGAGAGUUUCAGAAAAUGCACGAAGAUUUCAUCCAAGCAAAUGAUCCCUACAGAUGUCUGAUGAAAAACAAGGAAAGAUUCAUGAUCCUGAACAACGCUGACAAGGAACAGUUUGCUCACUGGCUCACAGAGUGUGUAAAGGACAUGGCACAAUACCUUAGAAAAGAGUUUCAAAAACUGAACUUUGAAAUAAAACUACAACGUCUCCAUGUGCAGCCCCAGAAUGAGCUUUUCAACAGAUUGAUUGGUUGUGGCCAACAGUGUCCAUUCUGCAAAACUCCCUGUGAUGCAGGAGGAGGAGCCCAUACUGAGCACUGGACUUCACUGCAUAGGCCACAGGGUCUGGGUGAAUACAGUAUGGACAAAACAAAGGAACUUGUCAUUGACAUAUGCUCGUCCUCUGUGACCAGUAACGACAGUUUCUGUUGCAGUCAUACAGAAAAUAAAUGGCACUCUUACAAGAAUUAUAAAACCAUUUUCAAAGACUGGAAAAUCUCUCCAGAUGCCAGCCUUCAGGCAUCAGACUACUGGAAAUAUAUAAUGACAAAGUACAACAGUCGCUUUGCUGAAGAAUUUAAUGCAAAACGCGUUAUUCCUGAGUCUUGGGGAAAAAUCACACAACAGCAGGCAGAAAAAAGUCUCAAAGAGUUAUUUUGCAGAAACUAAGAUAAGUUAUUCCUCCUACCACAAAUGUGUUCACCAGCAUCUCUCAGUGCCUGAGAACAAGUCUGUCACACAGAAGGAGUCAUGCAUGUCAACUAUUAAGUCAAAACAGUCU